GGUUCACAAAGUGGGUCGGGUUUUUUCCUCGUGCUACCUUUCUCACCGUUUCUCUCCUAGUCUCCUCUCGUUUCCCGUCCUCCUCCCGUUGGGAGUAUAAAAUUUCCUAAUCCGCAAACGAAGCUUCCAGAAGGCUUCUUCUUGCGUACCUUCCACUUCCACCCAACGCGACUCGCUCUUUCCCGCAUCUGGAAGUCGCCGGCUCAGAUCCAGCCGGGCUGCGGCGCUGGCCGGAUGGCCGAGCAGGGCGGCGCAGCCGGGGAGGCCGCUGGCAGCGACCCCCCUGCGCCUGCGCCUGCGACUGCCCCGGCGCCAGCCCCAGCGCUUGCUGCGGACGCGGCCGGGCAGAGGUCCCUGCCGACGCCGUUCCUGACCAAGACGUACCAGCUGGUGGACGACCCGGCGGUGGACGACGUGAUCUCGUGGAACGAGGACGGCUCGACGUUCGUGGUGUGGCGGCCGGCGGAGUUUGCGCGCGACCUCCUCCCCAAGUAUUUCAAGCACAAUAACUUCUCCAGCUUUGUGCGGCAGCUCAACACCUACGGAUUUAGGAAGAUGGUGCCCGACCGGUGGGAGUUCGCCAACGACUUCUUCCGCCGUGGGGAGAAGCGCCUGCUUUGCGACAUACACCGACGGAAGGUAGCACCGGCUCCGGCGGCGGGGCUGGCCACUGCGGCCGCCGCUGCCGCGUCCGGGGCCGUAACGGUGGCCGCGGCGCCGAUCCCCAUGGCUCUGCCGGUGCGGCCGGCCUCACCGUCGCUCUCUACCGACGAGCAUGUCCUCUCCUCUAACUCCGGAUCCGCCGAGGACCACCCGCAGGCUGCCGCUUCCGGCUCCGUCAGCGCGUCGGCGUCCGGCGACACGGGGGAGGAAAACGAGCGCCUCCGGCGGGAGAACGCGCGGCUGACCCGCGAGCUCGGGCAGAUGAAGAAGCUCUGCAACAACAUCUUGCUCCUCAUGACCAAGUACGCCUCCUCCCAGCAGCUAGACGCCUCUGCAGCGCUCUCCUCUGUCGUCAACUGCUCCGGCGAGUCAUCGGAGGCCGUACCCGCGCCUCCGCCCCUCCCCCCGGCGAUCCUCGAACUAAUGCCCGCGUGCCCGGGUCUUGCCACCGCGGCCGCGGGCCUCGUCGCCGAAGCGGAUCCUGACCAGGCCUCGAGGCUGUUCGGCGUCUCUAUCGGCAUGAAGCGGAUGCGCGACGACGACGACACCGGCGAGGAACAGGCGGACCACGGCGCCGCAGCGGAUGUGAAGACGGAGGCGUCGGAUCCGCAGCAUCGCAUGGAGCCGUCGCCGGAGUCGCCGGACCAGCAUCCGUGGCCCAUAUACCGGCCUACGCCCGUGUACCAUUCGAUGCGGCCCUGCAACGGGCCGGACCAGGGCGCCGGGUCCGACCAAGACGGGUCCAACUCCAGGUGAUUGGGCCCACCGCACCUUGUAGAAGCUUCUAGUUCUAAUUAAUCAAUUGCCAUAUCGGCAACUAAUUAUUAUCCUAGAGAAACAUAAUAAUACUAUAUUUUCUUCUGUUUUUCCUUUGCUAGUUGGGGAUUGGAAGCUUCUCUCCCUUGUUGUAAUCUGUGCUUAUAAAUCAGCGGUUAAAAUCCAUGAACGGGCGGCUCUGGUGUAUUUUAUUUUAUAUAUAUGUGCUUGUUGUUAGAUAAA